CUUGAAUUUAAAAAAAAAAAAAGAUUCGGAAUAAUUUCGUUUGAGGUUGAUGUUGAGGUUAAAUGAAUCGACCAUCUAAAAGUGCUGAGGUAGUUGCCGAAGGAAACGAAAAUGAGCCAUCAACUUCAUGUGUUGUACAAGACAAGUUUGUUCGGUCCUAUACAUACAGCAGUUGGAAAAGGUUACGUGAUGUUUGUCGUGCAUUGCAAGAAACGCAGGAAAUAGCUGUGCUCCAACGGGAAAAAUUAGAUGUAUUGUUGGCAAAUGAGGAGGAAUAUCGUGAGCUGGCUGAGCGAGUGCGGUGCGAACAAGUUGAAUUGCAAGCAUUACGAGAUUAUGUGGAGAGACAGAAGUGUCGUGUAAUGACGUGUCGUAUGAAAUUGAUUCAUUUUAAUGACGAAAAGUUCCAGAAAGAUAUGAUGACUAGUAAACGAUCAAGCGAAGUUAUAAAGAUGCAAGAAGAUUUGCUAAAGCGAAAAGCAGCACUUUCUUUGGCAAAAGAUAAUUUACUCUUAAUCGCUUCACAUUUGGCAUGGCGUCGAAGAAAGAUGGUUGAAGAUCUAAUGCAUAUUUAUGUCAUCAAUUUAAAUACAUCACCAGAAGCGCGUUUAAUGCCUUCAUCGUGUGCUUGCCGUUCAAUAGCCUGUAUUACUGGUCUUCAUCUUCCAGAUACUUUAUCUUUUCUUGGACAUUCCGAUAUAGAAGUAAGUGCCGCUACAGGAUAUGUUGUUCAAGUCUUGUCCUUACUUUCACGAAUAUACAAUUUUCCGUAUCAAUACAGCAUGUUUUUCUUUGGCUCAAAAUCAACAAUAAAAGAUCCAAUACUUGAGGAGAGAUAUCCUCUUUAUGGUAUGACACGGAAUCGUGAAAAAUUUGAAGAAGGCAUGUCGUUGUUAAAUAAAAAUAUAUCACAACUUCGUUGGUCAUUUGGUAUAACUACGAAAGGAGUGGGGAGAACUUUGUUUAAUUUGCAAGAUUUAUUGCUUCAUAUUGUUAGCAAAAGACAAGAUACUUCCACGGAUUCAACCUUUCAAAGGCCAUCAGUUAGCUUCCGAAGUGUUGGAAAUGUGGAUAAGACUUUGCAUAAAUGUACAAAGCCAAACCAUGAGUUUAAUCAAGGAAGCAAACCAUCGGAAAUGGAUCCUCCAAGCAUUUGCAGUUGUUAAAUUUGCGUCAUUAUCUUUAGGUACUCUUUUUUUUUCAUUGCAUAUAAAUACUGUUCACAAUAAUUUGAUGAUAGAUUUGAAGCUGAAGAGAACUUUCUCGCGUUAUUUGUUGUAAAGCCAUAUGGAAAAUGUUUGCAGACAGGCAAGUACUGCAUCAACGAAGUCCGCAUUACUGUUUGACUCAUUUUCUUUUUUUACUACAUUAACACUGGUUCUGCCACAAAGUAGUGAAAAUGACGAAGUGGAAAAAAAGAAAGGGAAAAACAUGAAUAGUAAUGGCAUCACAUCAAGUUAAUUUCUUGUAUUCUUUACCACUGCAAUUGCUGAAUCUUUUUCAUUUUUUUUCCGAUAAUUCAUCUCAACCUACGCGG